AUGCUUCGUACCGCUGUACGUCGCUUCUCCACUGAAGCGUCCAAGCAGAUCCCGAAGAGACAGCACAAGAAGAAAAACCAAUUUGCCACGGCGGGUCUUCCGCUCGUGCUCUUCAUCGUUGGUGGAUAUGUGGCAUUGACGCAGUUUGUCGGUGGCAAAUACGAAGCAAGAGAUCACUUGGUGAAAAGUCAAUCGGAGCAUUUGUUCAACUUGGAGGAAGAGCACAAGAGAAUGACCAAGAAGCUGGCUCUGGACGACUUCGAGCUAAAGCCUGUGCCCAAGCCCAAGGACUAA